UGACUCUCUCCCGCCUCAAAGUCAUUUCAUUUCAUAUGUUGGAAUGUCCAGGAGCCUCUUUCAGGCGGGUUGGUGUCCAUAUGGCCCAGUGCCUGUGUGGUCCAAAGGUGGAAAGUGACAGUCAUAACAAUUAUGGAUUCUUCAGAGGAGGAGCAUGUAAGAAUGAACGUGAAGAAGCUUGUGUCUGCUUUCCACAACAAAGAACAGCCAGAAGUGUCUGCUGGCUCAAAAGACAAGAGCCAAAGGAUACAGGCAUCCCAGUCUGAAUACUAUGAAUGGGCAUCACAGAGGUCUUCCAAAGACGUACCGCUUCAUUUCAGGAAAAAUCAUGGGGAGACACCAGGUUCAGCACCCUCUGUUUGUGAGACAACCAAGUCAAAAGACAUCCGUCAUGAUUAUAAAAGAGAACAGACACAGACACCCAGUUCUGAAUACUAUGAAUGGGCAUCAGCAAGGUCUUCCAAAGACGUACCACUUCAUUUCAGGAAAAAUCAGACACCAAGGUCUGAAUACUAUGAAUGUGCAUCAGCGAUGUCUUCCAAAGAUGUACCGCUUCAUUUCAGGAAAAAUCAAUUGGAGAAACCAGACUGUAACUUUGAUGCAGACGAGUCAUUAAAGGACUUCCCUCUUUUCAGCAACAAAAUUAAAGAUACCUAUGGGAUGCCACAGCCUUGGGGUGGACAUGUGACCUGGAAUAAGGAACCUUUCAAGUUUAUACCACAACCCCUUCCAGCAGCUGUAUAUCAAAUACAAAGAGCUGAUCACAGAGCCCCUGAUGACUUCAGGCAUCACAGACAUGAGAGGCCAAACGAUGACUGCUAUGAGUAUAAGACAGAUUCGUCUGCAACAGAUGUCUCGCUUCGCCUCGACAACGAAAGAAGACAGACCCAGCCUUUGGGUGGACAUAAGUACACUUCUGGACAAGAGGGGGUGCUUUGUGACAUUUGCCAACAAGCUGCUGCUGUAAAGACCUGUCUGACCUGUAUGUGUUCCUACUGUGGGUUUCAUGUCCGGGAGCACUACACAGUGGAGGCCCUGGAGAGACACCAACUCGUAGAUGUCACAGAGAAUUGCUGUCCGCACUACCAGAAGUCUCUAGAUUUCUUUUGCAGGACUGAUCAGAUGAGGAUUUGCAGCAUUUGCGUGCAGGGAGCCCACAGUGGACAUGAAAUUAUUUCUAAUCAGAGUGUUGGUGUUGCUGUCCUUGGACUGCCUGAUAAAGUGGUGCCCCCUCCUGGCGAAAUCACGUUUCUGUCAGUGAAGCCAACCUCAGUGAUCCUGAGCUGGGGAAGCCCUGAGGAACCAGAGGCACCACAGAGCUUCAGAGUUAAGUGGAGCUCUACAAAGAAGGAGGAAGGUUGCUUUGUCAUCAGAGGUUUUCAGAAAAUUGAAAUAGAGAGCCUCCAACUUGGACAGCUGUACUACUUCAGCGUGGCCACACAGGACGAGGAUGGCAGUCUGAGUAAAGCGGUCACAGCAUCCGUUUUCACAGCGGUGCCACCCCCUCGACAUUUAAGAAAAAUACAUGUAGAGGCCACAGCUCUGUGCCUGGACUGGACCGAAGGGAACGACAUGGAAGGAAUUCAACAUCGAUUCAUUCUUACUGUCACAAGUGAAGGAAAAGAGUCCCUAGUAAUAUACACCCAAGACUGCAACAAGACCAUCUCUGAUUUAGAGCCAGACACAAAGUACAAAAUCUCUGUCUGCACAGUGUUGAAUGAUAGGCACAGUGAAGCAGUUUCUACGUUUGUACACACAGAGCCAUCUCUCAGGGAGGUGCUGUCAAUGCUUGGACUUGAAGACCAGUAUGAUAACAAGCUCACACGUAGCUCUGUAAUGGAGAUUAAUCAGAAUGACACAUCAGAGAACCAACUGGACACUCCAAAGUCGCUUCCUGAAGCCUUUUUGAGAAGACUAAUGAUGCUGAACACAAGCGCUAGAAGUCUCAAAUGUGCAUCCUACGAUGUGGACACAGGCAGAAGCAACGCCAUCAAUCCCUUGGACCUGAUAACUGCCCUGUUUCUGUGUUCAGAUGGUAUUCUCCAGCAGGACAUUGUUCUGAAAAUGACACUCUGCCAGUUUGCUGUACCGCUCCUGUUGCCCAACUGUGAAAAAAGAGAAAUCACAAUGAUGCUGUGGUCUUUGCGCGACAUUGUCCGAACCUUUAGACCUCCCCAGCAGGCAUUCCUAAAGCAGAGCUGUGAGGAAAGACUUGUGAGCUCUCGUGUUCCUCUGGUGUCAUUUGUCAGGCUGGGAAAGAGGUUCUUGUCCAAGUCUCAGAUGUUGAACAAACUGCUAAGUAACUCUCAGCACUCUCAUGACACAUUUUAUCACUGCAACAUGGUGUGUGGUGACGUUCCCAGGAGAAUUUCAGAUGGGCUAGUCGAAAUGAGCUGGUACCUCCCUUGUGGGGACAGGAACGUGGACAAAUUCACUGAACCGCUGGCUGUUGCCAACCUUAGAGGAGACAUCAAGGCCUUUGAUAAGCAGUUCUCAUUCCUGUGUCAAACAUCUGCAGCUGUGUACAUCUUCUGCGAUGAAUCAGAAAUGGAUUUCUUCAAGAAUCUGCAAAAAAAACAAGGGACAGCAGAGUUCUUUUUGAUUAGCAGAACACAGGGGAAACACUUCACACUCAAAAUGGUGACGAUGGAACCAAGCUUGAAGAUAGCUGAUGUCAGUCAGACAAAAAAGACUGAUACUGAGCUGCUAAAGGUCUUGAAGGAAUCCAUCUCUAAAUUGCUUGAGGGCCGCCCAAACAAAAUGUCAGUGGCAAAUCUGGCUGAGGGAGCUCACCACUGUGAUAUCCUGAUUGAUGAGGAGAGUGAUAACUGCCAGAGCGCUUGGAACAAUGCGAAUAACAUCACUGAACGUGUCAAAACCACCUCAGAGUUCAAAGACAAGCACUUACCUUCCCAAGGGCACAUCUGGAAAGCACUCUCAUGGGUGGAAACCGAGCACUGGAGGCUGCGUAAGGUUGGCAAAGAGAACACUGAAAAUUACCGCAAGUCUUUGAAAACAAAAGAAAAACAACUCAGAGGAAAGCAGCAAAUCUUUGAGAUACCAGCUGGGAUGGUAAGCUUCAUUCAUGGGAUGGUUACAUCAGAGGUGCAACGCUACUAUUUCCUCAAAUGGUUGGAAAUAAAACUGGACAAUGUGUGCCGGCACCAGCUGUCAGCUCUGCAGGACCAAUACCAAGAGCUAAGCCAGAAAUCUCCGAAAGACACUGAGAAAAUUGCAGAGCUUGACAAGCAAAUUUCUGUUUGUUCCUUACGAAUGGAGCACUUCUUUCGAGAAUGUGGGCAGCUGUAUGAAUGUGCAAGUUACCUGCCAGAAUACACGCGUCAGAGAAAAACCACGGAACAACUCCCCGCACUGUGCGCUCAAAUGCUGCUGGAUGGUUUCCCUCUGGAGUUUGUUGACGGAGAUGCAGCAAACAUCCCAAUGAAAUGGACUGCUGCUGUGCUUACUGAACUCCACCACAUUUUGCAUUCCAAAACCAAGCUCAAGGUCAUAACAGUCAUCGGAGCUGAAAACUCGGGGAAAUCGACUCUGCUCAACACCAUGUUUGGGCUCAGGUUUGCUGUCAGCAAGGGGACAUGCACCAGAGGGGCGUUCAUGCAACUGAUCAGCAUCAACAGCAAAGUCAGGAAGGAGCUGGGCUGUGACUGCAUCCUGAUCAUCGACACCGAGGGACUGAAGCCGCAUCCGAUGGCUCAGGACGAUCACAGCCACGAACGCGACAAGGAAGUGGCGAGUCUUGCUGUGGCUCUCAGUGAUGUUGCAGUCGUGAGUGUUUCCAACUCUAGAGAGGAAGACAUCUUGGAGUUGGUGCUUCAUGCUUUCACAAGGCUGAAGGAUUUGGGCAAGAAGCCACUGUGCCAUUUUGUGCAUAUUAACACGCCUGCUGUGUCUGCUGCAGAGAGGAAGAAGAGAGAUAAAGAGUUGGUGGAACAACUCGAAGAAAUGAUACAGAAUGAUGAUGAAAUGAAGAAGGCCGACAUCGCCGAACUCUCAGAUGUGAUGCAGUUCAACAUAAACAACUGUAACUGGUACAUUCCUCCAGUUUGGCAUGGGGUGCCACCGAUGGCUCCUGUCAGUGUUGGCUACAGUGAGAAGGCACUGGCACUGAAAAAACAACUGAUAAAGGACCUCAAAAAGUGCCCCAAAAGAGGUGAUAUGAUGGAUUUUAUCGAGUGGGUAGACCGCUUCUGGAAGGCUCUAUGAGAAAUGAAGCCUUAACUGAGGAAAUACAUGAAAAACGGAUAUGGACAAGGUGUUUGAUCAAUAAAAACUAGUUUAUUGUCAUUCUUAUUCAUCAGUUUUUAUUAUUUAUAGUGUGUUUUCUGACCUGUCAGACACUGUACAAAUAAAACAUGAAACAGGAAAACUGCAAAUGCUUGCAUAAAGUAAACUCAGACAGGUUGUCAGUUAAAUUUUACCAAUAGGGAAAGAAGGUGUAUGGACAAAAACGUGACGUGUUCAGAUGUGCAGCAGACACCAGAAUGAUCUUCUGUCAAAUAGGUAUCAAAAAGAUGUUAAAAAUUACAGUAUUAGCAAGAAUUUGAUUUGCUUACAUCGGUUAAAUGAUAUCAAAAUGCAGAGCUGAAGAUACAACUCACAGUAAUGCAUAUGUCAUGAAUGCAUGUUUGUACAAUAAAGAUGUGUAUAUAUAUAUAUAUUUAUAUAAUCUUAUGUACUUGUUCUAUCAACAAAACAUUCACUUUUCUAUAUGUAUUAGAUUAAUACACACAGUCACAGUCAACUUGUACAUUCAAGUUUAAACUGAGGAUUUUUAGAUGUGGCAUUAUUACUGAAUUUAUUAGAUUAAAUCUUACAUCUUCAGUAAUUUCAGAUACAGGUCAGGUGACAAACUACAUAUUUAAUUGGUUGGUUUGCCCAAAUUAUGAAAACAACAAACAAAUAAGCUAAAUUCUAUUUGAAGUUUACAGUAUCUAGCCAGUGGUUGGAUUUUACUUCAUUAGGCUUUUAAAUGUAAUUCUCUUGCAAAUGUAUACAUACAGACAUACAAAUGGGUGACAGACUAGAGGGAAAAUCAACGUAUAAUGUCUUAGUAAGAUGUUUGGUCGCCACAUGCUUCAAUGCACCUUUGCAUUGAUUUCUCUAAGUUUCUGCAAUUCUACUGGAGGGAUGGAGGACCAUUUUUCCACAAUAUGUUCCCUUAUUCGGUGUUUUGAUGAUGGUGGUGGACUAACCCUGAAUAACACCUCAGUCCAGAAUCUUGCAAAGGUGUUCAAUUUGUCACCUGUCUUUAUAUUCAAAGUCAAGUUCACAUCUGAGAGGACCACAACUUUGGUUGAACUCUCUUCUUACUCUAUAAUCUCUCAAUACACACAUUAAAUACAACAUUCAUACAACAGUAGCACAUUGAGGGGAAACUUUUUAUGCUUGAGAGGUGAUGGACGUAAGUGAAAAAUUACAGACACUAAGACGUCUUUGUACAUCAGAAAAAAAUAAAAAUUAACAGUGCGCAGUCCA